CAUAAGCGUCCACGCAUACCGGCAGUUAAUCAAAUUCAGUCAUUCAGUUGCUCUGGCACUAUCCCUUGAUACCGAACAUUCCCCAACAGACUGCCGGCUCCACCGUCGGCCUGCACGGACUGCAGUACUAUAAUCUCGGACAGUACACGGACGUUCGUUCAUGUUGACCAACUUCUUUGGAGCGUUAUCGCAUCGUGGAUUAUUCAGGUCAGUUUGAAGGAAGCAGACGACAUUCACUGUUAAACAUGGCGGCACACCCACAUCCAGCUCGGCGAGUUGUGAUAGCUAUGGAUGGAAGCGAUUACUCGGUGAGGGCGUUUGAAUGGUACGUGGCUAACCUCCACACAACAAAUGACGAGUACGAAGCAGUGAUUGGCUACUGUCCGGAGUACGGUCACUUCUUCCACUCUCCACUGUUUUCAUUCCACACAGACGCCACGGAGAUUGCCGAACAGUUCCGGAAAGAGGAGGAUCAUAUACAGAGCGUCUGCGCGAGCCUGAAUACCUGUCUGGAGCAGUCUGGGAUUCACGGGCGGGUGGUGAGACUGGCAGACAAGAGUCCCGGGAACGCUAUUGUGCGUCUGGCGGAGGAGGAGGAAGCUGAGUGCAUCGUGACGGGUACCCGUGGACAUAGCAAGCUGAGACAGACGUUGCUAGGCAGCGUGAGUCAGUACAUCGUGCAUCACGCGCACAUUCCCGUGUUUGUUUGCAAAGACAAGAAGGGGAAAUAACUUGAUGAACAUUUAGAUUUCAUUACAUAUCCAGGGAACCUUCAUGUCAUCGUAACAUUAUUCAAGCCACGUCUCUCAUUCACAAGACAACAGAGAAUAUCGUUAUGUUUAUGAAUAAUUUAUACAUGUCCUGUAUGUUAUGUGUAUUUAUAUAUUGUAGAUAUCACUAUUCACCUUUGACUAUUUUCUGAGAAAGUGUCUGAACUCAUGCUAACCCAUUUUGUUAGAAGAUAUAUAUUCUGGUAUGGUAUACAAACUGAAUCAAAUACAACAACUAUAUAUGCACCUUUCUAAUUCCAAAUAUCUGUGCUCGUCUCCUACUUCAGUCCAGUAGACAGAGCGUCUGCCUGUAGAGCGGAAGGUCGAUGGUUCGAACCCGACCACGUCACACUUAAAGACGUUUAAACAUGGUGAUUGUUGUUACCUUGGCGCUCGACCCUAAGAGGAUAAGGGACUGGUGCGGAGCCAGUAUGACGUGUCCGAGUGGGGUAUCCCUGUUUAACUUACCUGAAAGAGACACAUGACUGAUUGCCAGUUUCCAGCUUCUGCUUCAUUCGUAAUGGCGAUGGUGAUUGGUCACAUCAAAGACGUAUAUACGUCGUUGCUCCAAUGUUCGCGACAGGGCUAUGCAUACCAAAGAGACAUAGUCAAAGCCUGUGUCAGAAGUUAACGACAAAUGAGCAUACCAAUUACAAUCGUUAUUGAAGAGCUCCAAAUGGCAUCAUCAAACCACCUAAACAUUUACGAUCUUGUUCCUAUAUGACCAGUAAUUCGUCUUAAAGUUACAACCAAGGUCAGGUUUUUUCCAAGUGUUUGAGAUAUCUUAAGUGAGCGAGUAUGAUUUUGCAAUGUUCCAGCAACACCACAGCUGAAUGAAACAGAACUGGAUUUCACACAAAAUACCUAUGCACGGAGUAGAACCCAGGCCUAAGGUGUGAACACCUUGACCGUGAGGCCACCCCAUCGUAUCUCGUGGAAUAGAAAUACACACCGUAUGUUUCUCUGUCGUGCCGGAGGUCAUAUGAGUAACAAGACGUUGUAAAGAACAAUUUAAAUCGAUUAGUAAAUUUGUACAAAACAUCUAUACAAUCCAGCACGCAUGUGCUGUCAAUGUAAUUGUUAGUUUUUCUGGUCAUUAAAUCUAAACUAGUAGUUUCCCGGAAAACAUUGAACAAUGAUUUCAUUUAAUUUACAAUUUCUCACCAUACCUGAAAACAGUUAACAGCAACAUACACAAAUAACCAUGAAUUUAUUGGUUGUGCCAUUUUUGUUAUGCACAUCCAUCGGUUAACUGCCAUACAGACUCCGCAAUCAUUAACCUUUGUGUUAUAUUUGUUAGUUAUGGUCUAGAGACUUACGACUAUAUGCUGUCCUUUUGAUGUAUAUAUAAUAAAUAUUUUCUCAGAUUUAA